UCCCUCUCUCUCCGGUCCAUUAGCAGGAUCAGAUCACUGCACAGACGAGAAGAGACGAGACAGCCGAGGCAGACGGAGCAGAAGAAAGAGGGAAACACGAGAGAGAAAAACACUGAAUAAGAAGAGAGAAUAAGAUAGAGAGAGAAGCAAAGCAUUAUGGACGCUUUCAAGAAGGGAUUCUCCAUGGCGAAGGAUGGAGUGGUAGCCGCAGCCGAGAAGACCAAGGCCGGCGUGGGCGAGGCCGCCGCCAAGACCAAGGAGGGGGUCUUCUACGUCGGAAACAAGACGAUGGAGGGAGUGGUGACCGGCGUUAACACAGUUGCCCACAAGUCGACAGAACAGGCCAACGUUGUUGCCGACACUGCGGUUACCGGGGCCAACGAGGUGGCCCAGGCGGCGGUGGAGGGGGUGGAGAACGCGGCGUUAGCGAGCGGAUUCGUCAGCACGGAGGAGGCGGGACCAGUGGCUGAGGAGGCCGACCUCCCGAAAACAGAAGCAGCGGGAGAACAGACUGAACAGUAGAAUCUCGUCCUCCCUGACCUGCAGUCACUUCCUGUUUCUUCCUGUCCAAUGAGCAGCAAGAGAAGAAGAAGCUCUGACCCUCCCUGACAUGUUAACCCUCUCCCUGUGUGUAACUAAAGCUCAGAACGUGUCUGUCUGGAACGGACCGACUGUAUCGCUGCUUGUAGCUUUCUCCAGAACCAUUGAACCCCAAAAUAACUUCUUAAUAUGCAACUUAACUGUGUGCUAUUGACAUACUUUGUACUUUUACUUCAAAGGAAAACAUUGUACCACAUUAACCUGUUGGAGAAAUGUUACUGGUUAUGUUGGAGAUUAAGGUUUUACUCACAAAAUAUCACAAUUAAAAUAGAUUAAAAAGGUAUUCAUUUUCAAAUAGGCUUAGGAUAUAUAUAUAUAUAUAUAUGAAGCCCUAAAGCUCUGCCCCCAAAACACACACACACGCACACACGUAAUUAUUCUGUUAUGUUCUCUCACGAACAGUUCAUGUACGCAUGCAAGUUUGCACUGAUAGUCAAAUAUGCAAGGUCUCCUUCUCACACACACACACACACACACACACACACAAACAUACACACACACACACACACCUGUGUUUCUGAUAUUAAUUUCAAGCUUCAAGCUUAUUUCUUCUUUUACAAAACAACAGAAGUGAAAUAAAAAAAGAGUUUAAAAUCGUG